UCACAAAUCACAAUAUACACCAAAUUCGCAUAACAGCUUUCUUAAUCUUUUUUCCCAGAAUGGCUAAAAUAGAAAUGACGUUCGUUGGUUUUCCUGCUGGAUUUCAGUCUCUCCUUAUCAUCAUCAUCAUCACACUGCUUGUUGCAAAUACAGUUGUUGCAAAUGAGGUUGAGGAAAACAAUGGGAAAUACUACCCAAUUGUGGUAAGCACUUGGCCGUUUGUGGAUGCUGUUAGAGCUGCUUGGAGUGUUGUUGAUGGAGGAUUCUCAGCUGUUGAUGCUGUUGUUCAAGGCUGUUCUGCUUGUGAACAACUCAGAUGUGAUGGUACAGUUGGACCUGGUGGUAGUCCAGAUGAGAACGGAGAAACAACUUUGGAUGCUUUGGUUAUGAAUGGGGCAACUAUGGAGAUUGGUGCUGUUGCUGCCAUGCGAUAUGUGAAAGAUGGUAUUAGAGCCGCAAGAUUAGUAAUGCAAUAUACUGAGCAUACUUUGCUUGUUGGAGAGCAAGCAUCAGUUUUUGCCAUUUCAAUGGGUCUUCCGGGACCCACGAACCUCAGUUCCGAGGAGUCAUUGCACAAGUGGAAUCAAUGGAAAGACAAUAACUGUCAGCCAAAUUUCCGAAAGAACGUUUUUCCUUCAGACAGUUGCGGUCCUUACCAUCCGAAGGAAAAUGUAGGUUUUGGAGAGACGUCUUGUCCUACUGCGUAUCUGGUAGAAACUAUGACUAGAAAAGUAUCGCCUAUUAACAUCCACAACCAUGACACAAUUUCAAUGGCUGUUAUUGAUAAGACGGGACAUGUUGCUGUUGGUACAUCUACUAAUGGAGCAACUUUUAAAAUCCCUGGCAGGGUUGGUGAUGGUCCAAUUCCAGGUUCUUCAGCAUAUGCUGAUGAUGAAGUUGGUGCAUGUGGUGCAACAGGAGAUGGUGAUAUUAUGAUGCGCUUUCUUCCAUGUUACCAAGUUGUUGAGAGUAUGAGACGAGGAAUGGAACCUAAGUUUGCUGCUGAGGACGCAAUAUCCAGAAUCUUGAAAAAGUUUCCGGACUUUGUUGGAGCUGUCUUUGCUGUGAGUAAGAAUGGCGUACACGCAGGUGCCUGCCAUGGAUGGACGUUUCAGUACUCAGUUAGAAAUCCAAACAUGGAUGAUGUGGAGGUGUUUACUGUUGUGCCUCAAACUGCAAACUCUGGUGUUUCACAUAAGGAUUAAAUUGCUGAUUGAUUAAACAAGAUAGCUCCCCUGCACCAGUAUGUGUAUGUUUGCAGUGAAACCGGGUCAUAGGCGUUGGUAACUUGGUAUGUUUGAAUAUCAACCGUUCAUAAAUGGGUCGACCUGAUUCUGACCCAACCCAACCCAACCCAUUGCCAGCUCUGUUUCAUUAGCUCGCUGGUGUGAGGUCCAUUUGCUGAUAUACUUUAUAUUAUCGAGCUUCUGAGCGUACCGUUGAGUGGUCAUUUUUCGAGUAGUUCUAUUAGUUGGGUAAGAGGAAUGUGUUUAAACUUUGAUCUUCUAUAUAUGAGAUUUGUUGUACUUGCACGUUAUUUCUAGUUAAGUUAAGUUGCAAUGCAACAACCUUUUUGUAAUAAUGAAAUUCUGUUCUUGUUUGGAUUGUUCUUUGACA